AUGCUACUCUCAGAAGACCCCGCAACACUCAUCAGCCACACAGUAAACAACUUUAACAUUGACCCAGACAAACUCGCCAUCUCCCGCAUCAGCGAGUCACUUUCAACCCUCCAACAAGCCCGUGAACUGCGUAUGCGCGAUGCCGAAUCAUCUCUCAAAAAGCUGGCCCGCCAACUAAACACGCUCUCCUCGCAACACGCGGAGCUAACGUCCUCUCACUCCGCGACUGACCACGCGUCCAAAAUUGCGACACUGGACACUCGCAAGUUCCGCACCGCAAAGGCAGCCAGCGAUGCGGAGAUGGAGGCCGAGCGGCUGGCACAGCAGGCGGCGGACCUGAGUGCGCGGCUGCAAGAGCUCGACCUGCAAGGGGUCGAGGGCGACGAGAAUGCGCGGAGGAGAGACGCAGUGGACGACGAGGUCCUUUUGCGGUUAAAGGUGUACAGGAGUCUGGGGAUCGAUAUCGAGCGGGACGAGAAGGAUGGGGAGUGGACUAGGGCAGUGGUGAGGAACGAUGGCAGAGGGGAUGUCCACGUUGUUAAUAUGGACAAGAAGUUUUCCAGGUACUUCUACGCCAAUUACUUCUGGCAGACGUUGUAG